AUGAGCAAUACAGAUUUCCUGGGCCGCGCGAUUGACACGGUCAAGAAGGCCAUCGAGCACGACAAUGAGGGCGAGUACGAGAAGGCUUAUCAGACCUACUACUCCGCACUGGAGCUGUUCAUGCUGGCCUUGAAAUGGGAGAAGAAUCCCCGCUCCAAGGAGAUGAUCCGUGCGAAAGCGGGCGAAUAUAUGGACCGGGCAGAGAAACUCAAGAACCACCUGGCACAAGCGGAGAAUCGAAAGAAACCAAGUGCAGUUGGCGCCAACGGCAAGGUGGCGCAAGGAAGUGGGAAGAGCGGAAAGGAGGAAGAUGACAACGAAGACGCCGAAGCGAAGAAGCUGCGAUCGGCCCUUGCUGGCGCCAUCUUGUCGGACAAACCGAAUGUGAAGUGGGAGGAUGUCGCGGGUCUUGAAAGUGCCAAGGAGGCACUGAAGGAGGCUGUUAUUCUACCCAUCAAGUUUCCGCACCUGUUCACAGGGAAACGCCAACCGUGGAAGGGUAUCCUGCUCUACGGACCUCCGGGUACCGGUAAAUCCUACCUGGCCAAAGCCGUUGCGACGGAAGCAAAUAGCACAUUCUUCAGUGUCAGCAGCAGUGACUUGGUCUCAAAAUGGAUGGGUGAGAGUGAAAGACUGGUCAAGCAGCUUUUCAACAUGGCCCGUGAAAACAAACCGGCGAUUAUCUUUAUUGACGAAGUCGAUGCCCUCUGCGGUCCGCGUGGCGAAGGAGAAUCGGAAGCGUCUCGGCGUAUCAAGACCGAGCUGCUGGUACAAAUGGACGGUGUCGGCAAGGACUCGCGAGGGGUGCUGAUUCUGGGUGCGACAAACAUUCCCUGGCAACUGGAUGCCGCUAUUCGACGCAGAUUCCAACGGAGAGUACACAUCAGUCUUCCCGACAUCAACGCGCGAAUGAAGAUGUUUAUGCUCGCCGUCGGCCAAACGCCGUGUGAAAUGACACAGGCGGAUUAUCGGACAUUGGCCGAAAUGAGCGAGGGCUACUCAGGCAGCGAUAUCAGCAUUGCUGUACAAGACGCACUUAUGCAACCCAUCCGUAAGAUUCAAACCGCGACACAUUAUAAGAAGGUCAUGGUUGACGGCGCAGAAAAAUUAACCCCAUGCUCCCCCGGCGAUAGCGGCGCGAUGGAGAUGUCGUGGGUCAACGUCGAGGCAGAUCAACUUCUCGAGCCACCUCUUGUGCUCAAGGACUUCAUCAAAGCCGUGCACAACUCACGGCCCACAGUCAGUCAGGAAGACCUCAAGCGGAACGAGGAAUGGACCAAGGAGUUCGGUAGCGAAGGAGCUUGA